UCGAUCGGUGUACGUUUGGCCGCCACCUAAGCACAGUAAAAGCGGGGGCCCAUCUCGAUUUUCCAGGUGCUUGUAUGGUGCUUCACUGCCUUGGUUCGUAGUCCGUCGUGGUGCGCUGUAGACGACUAGAGGAAAGUGAAGUGACGAAGGAACUGCCGCCAAAAAGGUGAAACAGAUGCACGUGGUUGGCGUGAAGAAAGGAAAAGUGUAACAAUCUGUUCAGCGUUUUGUAAACGACAACGAAACAAAAAAAGUAAUCUGAAAUAUCUUCCAGUGGGGAACCCAUCAUCAACGUUGUUCUUAUGGAGUGUAGUGCCUGGUAGAUAAAAAAGUCCUCUCGUGAUAACGGUGUCGUCUAAUUUCAAUCUAUUUGUUUUUGUAUCAAGCGGGUAGUUAGUUGCCUUGAUAAGUGACAAGUUUUGUUGUAGCCGACAAUUGUGAGUGUUUUGUUGGGUUUUUGCUUUUUGUUAUCACGGCAUCAUCCAGUCGUGGAACGUGUGGAAGCUGGUGGCAGAACUGUUCUCACACGUCGUUAUUGGAGAACGGUUGAUAACGAUUGAUCAUCGAUUGCCUACAUUACUGGACGCUCGUCAGUAGCACAUGGCAAGAGAGCUGACGAUGUGACACAUGCAAAGUGGUGAAUGGCUAGUCAAAGAGAAGAGAACUGUCCCGUAAAGAUAACAGCACCAACAACCCCAAACGGAACCAUGCAGAUCAGCGAUAGUGUGUCAACAGCCGUACAUUGGCGUGGAAUGCUAUCCUUACGCUUAGUAACUGCCUCCAUCACGGUCAUUUUGUUGCUGAUGGUUCAAACCGGUCAUUCGCAAAGUGUCAUCGCAGAUUGUGAUACGAGCAAAUGUCAGCCGUUGUCGAACAUUUCGGAAGUGUCGCUUGAGCCGGGACAGCGGAUACGUCGCGAAUUGGACCCAUGCUGUGAGAUUCUUCGGUUGUACUGUGACACUAAUGCAUGUCCACCGCCAAUCGAGUUCUGCGAUGAGGAACGAACUAUUCGCCCCAGGAACAUUGUCGGCACAUGCUGUACACUGCAGCGUUGUGAGAACUUUUGUGAAGUGUAUGCUGACGGUGAGAUUACAACGAGAUCGAUCGGAGAGAAGUGGUUUAACAUGGUAAACGAAACCACCUGCAUGAACUAUGAAUGUUUGCGGAACGAAGCGAACGAAACAUUCGUCAAUUCCAUUGGAAUACAGUGUAACACCGUCUGCCCAGAGGGUUUUGAGCCACAGAUCUCCAAUCAACAUUGCUGUCCUCAGUGCGUUCAGGCCCAGUGCAAGUUUGAUGAUCAGUUCUACCACGAGGGACAAUCGUGGGCAAGUCCUGACGGGUGUCUGCUUUAUCGGUGCGUUAAGGAGAGUGGCUUCCUGUCGAUCAGCUCAAGCCGCAAGCAGUGUCCAUCGAUAGGAAAUUGCCCCGAUCAGUACGUGGUCGAACGUGACUGCUGCCGGGUGUGUAAUUAUACCGAAUCAAAGAUGGUACCGGGACCGACGACCGUGCCUCCAACUGAGCAGGAAGAAGGUGUAGAUUUCUACGAGGAACAGAGCUACAGCAAUCAUCCCUGCAAGCGCGUUUGUACGCUGGGACGCAAACCGGAAACUUGCUACUACCGUUUCCGGCUCGAGUGGUAUCGUACGCUUAGUAAGGCGUGCUACAACUGCCCGUACAAUGCGACCGACUGCAAUCGACCACAUUGCAUCGCAGGGGACGGUGUGCGAAGGAACGUGGCUGUCAUAAAUCGGAUGAUGCCGGGUCCGGCCAUUGAGGUGUGCGAGAACGACAUCAUCGUGGUGGAUGUGGAGAAUCAUUUGAUGGGCGAAAGCACCACUAUUCACUGGCAUGGUUUGCAUCAACGGCGCACACCGUACAUGGAUGGUGUUCCACACGUUUCGCAGUGUCCCAUCAGUCCCGGGACGACUUUCCGGUACACGUUUCGGGCUGAUAAUCCGGGCACACACUUCUGGCACUCGCACACUGGUAUGCAGCGCGGUGAUGGAGCGUUUGGAGCAUUGAUCAUUCGGAAGGAUAAUGACAUACAUGAAUUGCUGUACGAUCAGGACCUGUCCGAGCAUGUGAUUACGGUGCAGGAUUGGGGUCACGAGCAGGGUGUAUCGUUGUUUGCCGCACAUCAUCACUCGACUGGUGAUAAUAAACCACCCAACUUGUUGAUUAAUGGACGGGGCAAAUAUUUCCAACGUUUUGCUAAAACGACGCCUUUGACAACAACUACGACCACCACGCAAGAACCGAUGUUGGACGAGAACGUUCCCGUAACGUUACAACCUGAAAUGAUUCCUGUUGAAGAAACCGAAGAAACGACUGUUGUGGAUGAGUUCCACACGACUAUGGAACCGAUCGAAACCACAUCGGACGAUGUGGAGCUGCUGCAGGGUAGUAGCAACACCAACCUGAAAACAGUGCUUCGGUCGGAAGAUGUGCGUCAUCGCACCAAGCGACAAUCGCGCACCGUAAACUUUAAUGCAGUCGUUGUUCCAGAAUCGCAACACGUGCCACUGAGUGUGUUCUACGUUGACAAGGGUCGUCGCUAUCGGUUCCGACUGAUUAAUGCCGAGUUCCUCAACUGUCCGGUGGAGUUGUCCAUCGAGAACCACAACCUGACGGUGAUCGCAUCGGACGGAUUCGGCAUACAGCCGCUGGAAGAUUUAGGUUCGUUCGUAAGCUACGCUGGCGAGCGGUUCGAUUUCGUGGUCAAAGCGAACCAACCGAUCGGGAACUAUCUGAUUCGUUUCCGCGGACUGAUGGAUUGUGAUGAGCGGUUUACCUCGGCGUACCAGUUCGCUGUCUUGCGGUAUCGUGGAGCACCGGAAGAUACCGAGUAUGUGUCGUGGCCACCGUACGACUACGAGGCACCGGGCGUCCAGCUCAACUCACUGAACCGUGGCCCGGGCGCAGAGAACGUUAUUACGAUCGCCGAAACAAACGCACUCGAUCAGGAGGAUCUGCUGCUGCUGCGCAACGAGACGGAUUACAAGUUCUACGUGUACUACGACUUUUACGGCAAGGACAAUCCCCACUUUCAUGUACCAUCGCUGUACGGUUUCCAGGAUGUAAUCAACAACACGAACCGGUUAUAUACACCGCAGCUGAAUCACAUCUCGAUGCGUAUGCCAACGGUACCGUUUUUGCCGGGCAAGGACAUUCUAGACGAGAGCCAGUUUUGUAACGAGACGAGCGUGCGCGACCGGAACUGCCGGCAGGAGUUCUGUGAGUGUAGCCACGUGAUCCAGAUACCGCUACACGCCACAGUGGAGAUGGUGAUGAUCGACGAGGGCUACACGUUCGAUGCGAAUCAUCCAUUUCAUCUGCACGGCCAUGCGUUCCGUGUGGUCGGAAUGGACCGAGUCAGUCGCAACACAACUGUAGAGGACAUUCGUCGCAUGGAUGAGGAGGGUCGGUUGCCCAGAAGGCUCAAGAAGGCUCCGAUCAAGGAUACGGUCACUAUUCCUGAUGGUGGCUAUACGAUCAUUCGGUUCAUUGCGAACAAUCCCGGCUACUGGCUAUUCCACUGUCACAUUGAGUUCCAUGCCGAGAUCGGAAUGUCACUGGUGCUGAAGGUUGGUGACAGAUCGGAGAUGUUGCCCGCUCCCGCUAACUUCCCGACGUGUUACGACUUUAAACCGAAGCUCGGACAGCUCGGCAGCGGGACUGGGACCACCACCCUUGGACCUACCACUCUAUCGUUGCUUCUAGUGGUGUCUGCUGCGGCGCAGAUGUUGCACCGACUCCUGUAAGCAACAACCUGAACAAACAUUUUUUUGUGAUAUUAGUCGCUCCCGAGCGGACUCAAGUAUUUCGUUCAACCAUAGUAUUAUUGUGCCAACUGCAGCUUCCGCGGUGGCUUAAGUUAUGACUCAUUCGUGUACUCCUAAGACGUUAGAAUACGAAGCUCUGUUGCUUCCAAAGCAUUGCCACUGUACAAACAUAAGUGCUCUUACAACACAAGUGGAACAAAAUAAAAUCUUGAUAAACGCU